AUGGCACCAGGGUUUUUUAAACGCCUCUAUGUAUCACCGGAAAUCAACCCAAGUACCCACAAAGCGAAAUCUAUUCCAGUAUUGAAUCCUUUCGAUAAAUAUGGACGGGUGUUCUUCUUCUCAUGGCUUGGCUUCAUGGUGGCAUUCCUAUCAUGGUAUGCCUUUCCACCACUGUUGAAUGUGACUAUCAAAAAGGAUUUGAAAAUGACACAAGAAGAUGUUGCCAACUCAAAUAUUGUGGCACUCCUGGCAACUCUACUCGUCCGAUUUGUUGCAGGGCCACUUUGUGAUCGUUAUGGCCCACGAUUGGUCUUCGUAGGACUACUUCUAUGCGGAGCCAUCCCUACUGCUAUGGCCGGUCUCGUCACUGGCCCCAAGGGCCUAAUAGCGCUACGAUUUUUCAUUGGAAUUCUGGGAGGCACUUUCGUCCCAUGCCAGGUCUGGUGCACUGGUUUCUUCGACAAAAGCAUUGUUGGUGCUGCCAAUUCUCUCUCUGGAGGCUGGGGCAAUGCAGGCGGAGGAAUCACAUACUUUGUAAUGCCCGCCAUUUACGACUCCCUCGUCCAAUCCCGCGGCAUCCCUUCUCACAAAGCAUGGCGUAUCGCCUACGUCAUUCCAUUCAUCAUCAUCACCGCUGUCGCCCUAUGCAUGUUAGUCCUCUGCGAAGAUACACCGACAGGAAAGUGGUCUGAGAGAAACCUCUGGGCGAAAGAUUCAAAUGGCACUACCUCGGCCCCCAACGCCAACAUCGUCGACAUCAACUCCUGCACUUCUUCGAGCGGAACGAUGACACCCCACAAUGCCGCCACAAUCGACAUCGAAAAGAAAGGUACCCAAUCACCACAUGUCAUAGACGAUACACCAGCAACGGGCCAGAUCGACAUCUUCCGACAAGAGACAGUCGUCUCCCCGACUCGGCGAGAAGCCCUGAACGUAGCCAUGAGUCUAUCCACUAUGGCCCUGGCAAUUCCCUAUGCCUGCUCGUUCGGCUCAGAGCUAGCAAUCAACUCGAUGGUGGGAUCUUACUACACAGAACAAUUCCCACACAUGAGCCAAACGAAAUCGGGACAGUGGGCUGCCAUGUUCGGCCUGCUCAACGUCGUCUGUCGGCCUGCGGGUGGUCUAUUUGGAGACUUGGUUUACCUAUAUACAGGCACGGCCUGGUCUAAAAAGAUUUUGAUCGCCUUUUUGGGGAUCGGCAUGGGAGCUUUCCAGCUUGCGAUCGGGUUGUCGAACCCGUCCACGGAAGCGACCAUGUUCGGUCUUGUCGCCGGCCUGGCUUUCUUCAUUGAGGCAUCUAAUGGGGCUAACUUUGCUCUUGUCCCUCAUGUGUAUCCUUUUGCUAAUGGUAUUGUUUCUGGAAUUGUUGGUGGUCUCGGUAAUCUUGGGGGUAUCAUCUUUGCUAUUAUCUUCAGAUACAAUGGGUCAAACUACGGGCGAUCCCUAUGGAUCAUCGGUGUGAUAUCUCUGGCAACCAAUUUGGCCGUUUCUUGGAUUCGUCCUAUUCCUAAGAGUCAGACCCUAUCAUGA